CGGUUGAGUCAGAUUGAAAUCAGUCGCCUCGUGCAUUGUCGCUCGCUGUCGUACAACACAACUUUCAACAAUCAUGUCUGGAAGAGGAAAAGGAGGAAAGGGUCUUGGCAAAGGAGGUGCUAAACGUCAUCGAAAGAUUCUUCGUGACAACAUUCAAGGCAUCACCAAGCCAGCCAUUCGCCGAUUGGCUCGUCGUGGAGGAGUAAAGAGAAUCUCUGGCCUCAUUUACGAAGAGACACGAGGCGUUCUCAAGGUUUUCCUCGAGAACGUCAUUCGUGAUGCAGUCACGUACACAGAACAUGCCAAGCGAAAGACUGUCACCGCCAUGGAUGUCGUCUACGCUUUGAAGAGACAGGGCCGAACACUGUACGGAUUUGGCGGUUAAGUCGUCGUCGUCCUGUUACAGGAUAGACAACUGGAGUGACUCGUCCUCACCAACAACACGAACAGCUUUUUUAAAAGCUACCAAAAAUGC